AUAUCCUGUCCAUCUCCAGAGAAGCAACAGACCAAAUAAAGCAGCAGCUUGUGAUCAGUUGAGGAGUGUAACCGCUAACCUUUGAGCCACAGCGAUUUCUCCUCCCCUUUAUUUGUUUACAUUUCAUUUUGUGAGUUCUCUAAGCUACAAAAUGGAUUCUUCUGAGAAAAUGAAUAGCAUCGAUCCCUAUAUGGAUCCUGUCUUGUGCAAAGCUGCGGAAGAAGGCAAUAUCGAUCCCUUUGAGAAAUAUCAAACCCGCCUUGAUCAGUUAUUGACUCCAGACGAGAACACCAUUCUUCAUGUCUACUUAGGAAACCAAAGUAGGGAGCCGGAAUCCACUUAUUUUGUUGAUAAAAUUCUAGAAAAGUGUCCACCACUGUUAUUCCAAGCCAAUAAGAAAGGUGAAAUCCCACUCCAUUUGGCAGCAAGAUAUGGUCAUUCCAACGUGGUAAAGGUCCUCAUUGACCGCGCAAAAGCUCGACCUACUGAUCCAGAGAGCGGAGUAACAGAAGCAAAAAAGAUGUUGGGGAUGACCAAUGAAGAGCAAGAUACAGCGUUGCACGAGGCAGCUCGAAAUAGGCGGAGCCAUGUGGUGGAAAUAUUGACUAAAGAGGACCGGCCUGAGCUUUCAUAUUCCGCCAAUGUUCAUGGAGAAACUCCACUUUAUAUUGCUGCUUCCAGUUGGGGUCAAGAACAAGAAAAGGUGAUCGAUGAAAUCCUUGCUAAUUGCAUUUCAGUACUGGACUAUGGCGGCCCUAAUGGUAGAACUGCUCUGCAUGCGGCAAGCGCGGUGGGAGAUCAUGGUAGGAUUUUGUGCUCAAGUCUGGAGAAUUAAAUAAUUUAUAUAUAAUAGAGUAACUAUAAUUUAAAAGCCA